GAAACAAACAGCUGAUAUGAUGACAUUUUCUGUCUAUAUACGUCAACAUAGAAAUUAUUUGUUUUAAAUUAAAAUGGAUUUCGAAUUUCCAAAAGAAUUUGAUGUAAUAAUUGUUGGAACUGGUGUAAUAGAAUCGAUAUUAUCAGCUGCAGCAAGUCGUGUAGGAAAAAGAGUAUUACACAUUGACGAAAACGAAUAUUAUGGUGGACAAUGGGCUUCCUUUAAUUUGGAAGCUAUAAUGAAAUUAAAAAAUUCUCAAAAAGAAAGAAUUGCUAACAAGUCGGAUUCAAAUUUUUUAUCAUUUGGUAAUGAUUUGUUUAAUAUUAAAAAUAUAGACUAUAAAUUUCAUGUUUUGCCUAAGAAAAAUAAAGUUUGCUCUGAAGAAAAAGACAAGGAAGUUGUUGACAAUAACUUACAAGAGGUAUCUCAAGACGAUAAUGAAGAAACCUGGGAUGAAGAAUUACUUAUUAAAACAUCGAGAAAAUUUAACAUUGAUCUUUGUCCAAAACUACAGUAUGCUAGGGGAAAUUUUGUAGAAUUGCUUAUUUCUUCAAAUAUUGCUCGUUAUUCUGAAUAUAGAAGUGUUACCAGAAUUUUAACAUGGUUGAAUAACCACUUAGAACCAUUACCAUGUUCAAGAUCUGAUGUUUUUGCAAAUACUAGGGUGAGUGUUGUAGAAAAGAGAAUGUUAAUGAAGCUAUUGACCUCUCUAAAUGAUGAAGAAAAAGAAACACAAAACUACGAGAGUAAAACAUUUAAAGAGUUUUUAACAGAUAAGAAAUUAACAUCAAAUUUGGUACAUUAUGUUUUAUAUGGAAUUUCAACAAGUUCAGACCAUACUCAAUGUAAAGAAGGCAUUCAAAAAGCAAAAAGAUUCUUAAAUAGUUUGGGCCGUUUUGGUAAAACUCCUUUUUUAUUUUCCAUGUAUGGAAGUGGAGAAAUACCACAAGCUUUCUGUAGAUUAAGUGCAGUAUUUGGAGGUAUAUUUGCAUUGGGACAACCCAUAGAGGGAUUUGCCUUAAAUGAUGAAAAAUUUAAAUCAUUAACUGUACGAUCCCAAACAAUAAAAGCUGAACAUUUAGUAAUGGGCAUAGAAAAUCUCCCAAAACAAUUUAUUAAAUCUAAAAAGCAUGAUUAUAUUUCUAGAUGUAUAUUAAUUACUAACAAAUCAGUAUUAGAUUGUGAAAAGGAACAAUUAACAUUAAUAUUUUACCCUCCUGAAAAUAAUAAAUCAUUCACUACAAUAAUUGAGUUAGGAUAUCUUACAGGCACUUGUCCAAAUAAUGUAUACCUAGUUCACUUGAUUGCUAAACAGGAUACCUCCCCACAAGAAGAUUUUAAACACAUAAUAGACAAAUUAUUUAUUAACAGUUAUCAUGAAAUGGCAGAAAAUAAUCAUGAUAAACCUCAUAUUUUGUGGUCUUAUUAUUGUUCCAUAAAUGAUAGUAAUGAUGUAGAAUUGACUGAAGAUUUACCUAAAAAUAUUUUUGUUUGUCCUGGACCAGAUUUGGAUUUAGAUUAUGACUUUUCUGUAACCAAAGCUAAAAAAAUAUUUAAUGCAAUGUACCCUGAUUUGGAAUUUUUACCACGAGCUCCAGAUCCUGAAGAAAUUAUUAUUGGAGAUGAUGAGAUAACCGAAGAAGCUAAAGAAAUAACCGAAGAAGCUAAAGAAAUAACUGAAGAAGCUAAAGAAAUAACUGAAGAAGCUAAAGAAAUAACUGAAGAGGCUAAAGAAAUAACUAAAGAAAUGACUGAAGAAGCUAAAGAAAUAACCGAAGAAGCUGAGGAAACAACUGAAAAUGAAAUCAAUGAUGUGAAAAAUGAAAAACAAGAAACUAUCAGUGAAGAAAGGCAACAUACAGUGGAAUAAUUAUAAGCUUGAAACCUUAUAUACCGGGUGUUCUACAUUAAAGCGUUACAGCUAUAUACCGCUUUUUAUAAAAAACAACGUUUCAGACGAAAGUUUUAUAGUUUUGUAGGGAAAAUCUUUUGGCUAAAAUCGUUUUUUAUAGCUAACCAUAAAAUAGCCAACUUUUUUUUUCGCGCAGCAACAUUUUCAAGUAGCUGUUACUCAAAAAGUAAAAGUCCAAUAAAAAAAAUAUUUCCCUCAAAAGUUUCUUAUUUUUUUAUGUACUUUAAGAAUAUGUAAGAAAAAAAUGGGAUUCCCAUUUAAAAAAACAAAGUUCACCUCGAUAUGGCCAUAUUAUGGUCAGCUAUAAAAAAAUGAAUUUAGCCAAAAUGUUUCCCCCAAAAAACUAUAAAACUUUUGUCUGAAACUUUUUUUCUAAAAUGCAUAUUUUCGGCGGUAUUUAACUGUAACACUUUAAUUUGAACACCCGGUAUAUUUUAUAUAAUUAUAAGCUUGAAACUUUUUAUUUAUUUUUAUACAAUUUUUUGUUAUUCCAUUAUUUUUCUGUGAAGGCAUUAAUAUAAAUAGUAAUAAGUAUCUAGAUGUUUUACUUUAGUUUAUAUCUAUAUAUUUAAACGUUAAUAUAUGUUUGUCA